AUGCCGGUUCCUCCUCCGAAUACUGCGACGACUAAAGGAGGCGUCGGUUUGGCCAAGGUAUCAUGGGGAGGCAAGAAUCGAGGACAACAACGGGAGCAAAGAAGACAACACUCAAAGACGUUUACGAUUGAUUCCGACGGGGACGAAGAUGAUGAAAAUGAUUACGAUUCAGACGACGACGACGGGAGAGGAAACGACGACAACGACGACAACAACCAGAAGAGAAAAAAGUCUUCGAAACACGCUUUAAACAACGUCGCUCGCGCGUACCAACACGAGAAGAAGAAGAAGAAGUUUUAUUAUUACGCGCAACAGCGAUACGAAUUUUCAGUCUGCCGGUUCCUUUUGGUCGCGAUAGCGAUAACGUUCGCGUGCAUCUUCCUCGUCGAACAGUUCGCACCGAAAGACGUAUACAUUCACCGAUCGAUUGAAAACGGAAGAAACGAGGUGAAAGUGAAAGUGAAAGACCACGCGAGACGCGCGAGAGAGGCGUUUCGGGCGUACACGAGUUACGAUUUUGAAAAGGCGAAUGCGCAAAAGUACGAGGAAAAUUUGAGGGAGGAGUACGCGCUCGCGGCGAUGGUGGCGAAUAGUCGUCCUUCUGGUGAAGAAAGUUCGGGGCGCGCAUCUGAGAGGAGUGGCGGUGUUAUUGGGGAGAAUGUGUUUGAAAACGCCAACGAAAAGCCGUUUAAUCCGAAGGCGCACUUUGGUGGUGGUGGAGUAGAAGAAGAAGAUACGAAGAGCGAGGACGAGAGUAGCGCGGCGGCUUUAAACGAAGAAGGAGGCGACUCGAGUGUAGACGACGGCGACGACCUGUUUUUACAGGCGCAAUUAACCGCGGCCGAGGCGAGUUUAGUGAGAGAACGAUCGAAUUACGAGAUACCAGAUGCGCCUUCGCCACCGCCACCGCCGCCGAGUCAACCGUCGCCGCCGCCGUUGUCGCAUCAUCUUUCCACGUCGUGCAGGCAAAACUUGUUGAAGGACGCGCAGAUUGAUUUUUUCAGUAAGAAUUACUGCAAAUUCGAUUCCGCGACUGUGGAAACGGUGAAUCCGUUCGAACGUAAAGUGAAAGGCCAAUCGAUGAGCAUGAGAACGUUACCGGAGGUUUUAUUGGCGACGUAUUUCCAGGCGUUGAGUAAUAGCGAAAUCGGCAUUCGAGCGCGACGGGCGGCGAUUGGUAAGGAAAGGUUACGACGGCCGGGGUUGUUAGAGCCGACGGAAAAGUUGAAGUCGAGAGAGUUAACGGACCCCGUGCAGAUGUCCUCUGAAGACGGUGAAAUUGAAUCCGGCGUGAACGGCGGCGGCGAAUUUAUAGGAGGAGAAUCCUCGUUGAACCGGCGCAUGCUCUUAUCCAAGAAACACUUGGAAGACGUUAAGAAACAAAAAGAGUCCGACGCGAAGAAGAAAUCGUUCAAAGAUCGCGAGAAGAAGAGAAAGAAAGAGCACGUGGAAAAAAUCAACACAUCUCCGCCGCCGCCGCCGCAGCCGCCGUUUAUCGAGUUCGAAUACCGAGGUCCGAAAUCGCCAAACUGGAUGAACGAAACGACCGGGCAAUCGAAAUACGCGCCGUAUUUUUCGGCGACGUUUUUAGGCGCGAGUUUAGGUCCAUUCGCGCACGUCGCGAAACGGUUAAUGAACGCGGCGCAUUUAUCCGGCGUCGUUCGAGUCUGGGAAGGCAAUUCGAAUGUAUUCACCGCUUUGGAACAAAACUGGGCGCAAAAGGAUCAAAAUUUACACCUAUCGAGAGAAGACAACGUCGUCGCCGCUUUAGUCAACGCGCACGUUUGGGGUGAAAAAGCCGGUAAUAUUAAAUCCGCGAACGACUUAUUCGUCAAGCGUCGCUCGGCGUUCGGGAAACACACCAUUGAACCGGCGGUCAGUUUACAAUACGCGUUGAGCGUGAGCAACUUGUACCACGGCGAAAACGUGGAAAUUCCAACCGUCUUUGCGUUUGACGGCGACGUGUUUUUCAAAGAUUUGCGACCGAAACUGCGAGACGCCAUGAACUCGGCGUUCGUGAAAGCGGUUUCGUUCACCGCGACCUCGUUCGACAAAGCCGCCGCGUUUUCGAGAGAGUUCCCGGAAUUUCUGGUCUACGUCGCCGGCGCGGGUAACGGCGGCAGUAACGCGAUCAAAGCGAACACCAUCGACGAAGAGAAAGUCGACGCGGAGUUUAACGCGAACCAAAACGAAGACAUUUCGGAUUCUCUCGGCGCUGGUUUGUUCACCGCGGUCAAACCCUCGUUCUUAUUAAUCGACGACUACACCUACUCGCCGGCGUUGGAAGAAAUUUUUAAGCAAACCAAAUCGAAAACGAGAACGUUAGCCAUGCUCGCGGUGCGUAAAAACGACCCGUUCCACGAAAUGAUCAAAGAAAACGGCUUCUUGAGUUGCACGUGCGAUGGGCAGUGUAAAUCAACUCCCGAAGUCGUCUUUAAUAACGACGGCGUCUGCGCUCCGGUCGAGGUGAAAAAAGAGAAAAAAGGUUUCGUCGCGAAGCUUUUAGGCGGUUCAAAAGCGCCCGAAAAGUUCGGCGACGUCGACGCCGGCGUCGGAACCGUCAUAGAAGACUGGGACGAGUAA